GAGCAGCUUGUCAUUCAGAGGAAUCCGCCACCUGAAACGCGAGGAAGUAACGUCGGGUAUAAAACAGUCAUCUGUCUGGAGCUUUGCAAACUGAUGGAAGUUAUUCUCUUUGAAUAAUUUAACAUUAAUUUAAGCCCAUAUAAAAACUGCUAUAAUAAUUUUUUGAGUGAUACUUCUCAUAUUUGGGACCUGACCGACUAUCUUUAUGAAAACCUUUGGAUGUGGUUCCUCUAGUACACCUUUUCCCUGGACCGUGAGCGAGAUGAUACCACCAGGAGACUGCAUGUAUGCCGGUCGGAAACGGAGGAAGCCCAUACAGAAGCACAGAAAGCCUGCACCUGUGAGUGAGAAGUCCAACCCAUCAAAGCGACACAGAGACCGGCUGAAUGCAGAGCUAGAUCGACUCGCCAGUCUGCUACCUUUCCCACCUGAGAUCAUCUCCAAACUGGACAAGCUUUCUGUGCUGCGUCUCAGUGUCAGUUACCUUCGUGUCAAAAGCUUCUUCCAUGCCAGUCAAGAGAAGCAGUUAAUAAGGCACCUCUGCCCACCAUCCAUUAAUGACAUCAGGAAGGAUGCUAUGUCAAUUUUGCCUUGUAACUCUGAGAGUGAACUGCUGCUGGAGUCCCUAACAGGGUUUGCUCUUGUUGUAAGCAGUGAUGGAAUGGUCUUCUAUGCUUCCUCUACUAUAGUGGACUAUCUGGGCUUCCACCAAACUGAUGUGAUGCAUCAGAACUUCUUUGACUAUAUUCACAUAGAUGAUAGGCAGGAGUUCAGGCAACAGCUCCACUGGUCCAUGAACCCCUCAGUGACCCCUGCCACAGGAAAUGGUGAUGAUUUUGUGGUUAGUAGUUUACUCCACUCCCAGGACGCUGCUGGAGUUCCUCCAGAGUUUUCUUCCUUCCUUAACCGGUGUUUCAUCUCGAGAGUGCGCUGUCUGCUGGACAACACCUCAGGGUUUCUUACUAUGCAAUUCCAGGGGCAUCUAAAGUUCUUGUACGGACAAAAGAAGAAGAUGGCAUCUGGUACUUUCUUACCCCCACAGCUAGCUCUGUUCUGUGUGGCCAUGCCUCUGCUCUUGUCCUCCAUCACAGAGAUGAAGAUAAAAAACACAAUAAUUAGGGGAAAGCCUAAAAUCCCGGGCAACAACAUGAUUACAGAUUAUAGUGACAGAGAAGAGCACUCGAGAAAGCACUCAGUGAUGAACGAAGGCAGAGAAACACACUUUCUGAAUUCUUCCACUCCAGUAGCCACUUUACUCCACCAUACACCCAGGGCACCAUUUCCCAAAGAAAAUGUCAAAUUCAAGAAUGAAGACUACAGUAGUAAGGAAGAGCUUCUUAAAAGAGACUCUUUAGGUGCCCAGAAAGCCCCUGACACAACAUGGCCUCAUAGAGGUUCUUAUGGGCCGUUGUGCACUGGUCAUGGUGUCAACUUGCUGCUUGGCAGUCGAGUAAACAAGCACGGUCACAAUGGGAAGCCCUACAAAAUAUCCCCAGUGUAUUACAACAGCACAACAGAGCUUUAUAUUCCAAAGAUCUAUGCUAGUCUUCCACCCCAAGAAGUGGUGGAAGGUAAUUAUAUGGACAGCAACAAAAUUGAAAAUGGCUGUUGUGAGAAUCAAAGACAAGUUUAUGAUGCACAUUUGAUAGCUGAGUUACCAAUCAAGGUAGAGCAAGACUCUGAUGCAGAAAACGAACAGGACUUUUAUGACCCGGCUUGGACAGACCGAGAGCAAAAUCUCAGCUCUUCUGAUGGCCUACAAAUGAAAGCAGAAGAUAGUUACUAUGAACAAUAUAUGCCUUGCCAAAAAAACACAGGAAUUAAUGGACAACUGUACAGUAGCCAGUACCCAAAUGCCUUUGGAACAACUGCACAACCUGUAAAGUGUGCCUUUGAUAAAGAUCCAGAUUAUCCCCGUCCCCAGAGGCUAGGACACCUACAACCACUCUGCAGUAGCCAAAGUACUAACUGUAUGGACAGCUGCAAUGCUGGGACUAUGGAGCACAAGGGAUUCAUACAUCAGGAUUACAAAGUUGGCUAUCAGUUCAAAGGACAAGGACUGCUUCAUUCCAUCAAGCGUGAGCCUAUGGAGUCUCCACCCUGGCAUGAAAACGAAUAUGAACAGAUAGGUGGCCACUGGAAUAUGAUGCCAAAUUGCAUAAUGAAUCUAGGGCAGCCCAAAGCUAAUCCAUAUAUCUUUAUGCAAUAACAUAACAUGACAGUCUGCCAUGUGAUGGCUACCUCCGUUAUCACUGAUAAACCAAAGAUCAACGAUGCUCAAUGAAACAUUUAGCAACUUUUCGUUCUUAUAAAAAAGGACAACUUCUUCAAGAUAAUUAAACAAGGCAUUUAUAGUUACAGGUUCUUUACAUUUCAGGAUAUGGGGCAAGAUUAUUUUGUAUUAAAUAAACAUUUUUAUUAAAUUUGUAUUUUAAUCAAAUGUUUGUUUGUUUUAUAUAGUUUUUUAAUGCACUUUUGAUAGAAUAAUAUCCUAAUAUUUGCUCUCGUUGUGUAUGUUGAUCAUUCACCUUGAGAUUUGACCUACAUGUACUGUAUGAUAAUUAAAUUUCUCUUUAUUGCA